CAGAUCCCAAUUCCUUGAUCAACUGGAAACACAUCGUCAUUUUAGUAAAGAACCAAAAACUUAAAGGCAGGAUCCAGUUCCAGAGCCCUCCUUGUUUAAAAGGCAUUUUGUACUCGAGCUACAGUGAGAAAGCUGGUGAACAUGGAGGUGACUAUUGUUUCCAGAGAUACCAUCAAACCAGCAGCGACUUCCUCUUCACUUCAUCGCCAUCAAAAACCUUACAAACUUUGCAUCAUCGAUCAACUCAUUCCAGCAACUUAUACCCCAAUGGUUUUCUUCUACCCCAUCACUGACCCCAAUUUCAAUCUCCCGCAAACCCUAGCCAACUUGAAAAACUCACUCUCACGUACCCUCACUCUGUACUACCCAUUUUCCGGGAGGACCCAAAACAACCUCUACAUAAAUGACUUUGAUGUGGGUGUCCCCUACCUCGAGGCCCAAGUCAAAUGUUCCAUGUUCGAGUUUCUUGAUCUAAAAGAAAUCGAGUUGCUCAACCGGUUCAUUCCGUUGCCUCCAUUUCGCAAGGAAACUGAAGAUGAUCAUGAUUUGCUACCCUUGAUAGCAUUUCAAGUCAGUGUUUUUGCUUGCGGUGGGAUAUCAAUUGGGGUCUCUCUGUCUCACAAGAUCUUUGACGGGGUAACUGCAGAUACUUUCCUCAAGUCUUGGGCUGCUAUUUGUCGGGGGGAUCAUGAUGAGAAAACCAUGACAACACUACACCUUAAUCUCUCCCAAGCGUCGUUAACUUUUCCGGCAAGAGAUGAUUUACCACAAAAAUAUAUAGCUUUCGUGGAGAGCCUGUGGUUCCAGGAGAAAAACUAUGUUACAAGGAGGUUUGUGUUUGAUGCUAAAGCCAUAGCCACACUACGUGACCGAGCAAAGAGUGAGCUUGUGCCCAAUCCAACACGUGUUGAGACACUGACUUGUUUUCUAUGGAAACAUGCAAUAUCUGCUUCUAGACUCGUUUCGACAGGUAAUUCACAACGAGCAUCCAUAGUAGCACAUGCAGUGAACUUGAGGAGGCGACUGAAUCCCCCAAUGGCAGAUAAUAUCAUUGGAAAUAUAAUUUGGUUUGCCACAGCACUCAACAAACAUACCGAUGAGGCAGAGACUACUCAGUUGUGUGAUUUGUUGAAGUUAUUACGUAUGUCUUUCGAAGGAUUUGACAAAGAUUAUUUGCAGACAUUUUGUGGAGAAGAGGGACUUGGAGCCUUUUCUAAAUACUUCAAUCAGUUACAGGAAGUCAUGCAUUCCUUAGAGUCACCACCAGAAACUUAUGGUUUCACUAGCUGGACUAACAUUCUUAGUGAAAUUGACUUUGGAUGGGGAAGGCCAGUUUGGAUUGGGGCCGGAGGAAGUGUCGGACCUGCCUUUAGGAACUUCAUAGUGCUUGUUGAAACACAGUGGGGUAAUGGCAUUGAAGCAUGGGUAACUUUGGAUAAAAAGCAAAUGGCUACAAUGGAGAAAGAUCCUCAGUUUUUAGCAUUUGCUUCUCCAAACCCGCGUAUUUCAGGCAUAUGAUGAUGUGU